AUCUCCAACUCUUAUAGGCUGUACCAGCAGGCUCGAUAAUGCUUGAGCACAUCUCCCAUCUCCCUUGCUUUCCGUUCCCGUCACCCGUUCGUAUAUUUGACUCUUAUUCUCACUCUCAAGGAUCAGGGAAACAUGGCGACGAUGCAGCAGCAGCAGGAGUUCGAUGCGCUGAUUCAGACUGUUGAUGUGUUGCAGGCGACCAGGUUCUGUCAAGUCGCUGCAGUUGUCAUUGUGAUCCACGACUAUGUCCUCAACUUUGAUAACGAGAUUCGCCACAUAUGGGGGAAACGAUUCUCCCUAGUAACGGUUCUCUACCUCGUGAAUCGAUAUGUAGGAAGCAUCAUUAUCAUCUGCGAUGCACUUCUGUUUACAAAUACGUCCUUCUCAGUACAAGUAAGCAAAAUCUUCCAGCUAAUAGCCUGUUUUGGUCCCUUUAUAUCUAUAUGGUCCACUCAGCUCAUCAUGCAGCUACGCCUAUACGCAAUGUACAGCAACAGCAAACGAAUUCUUUCCUUCACGCUUACGCUUCUCCUCCUCGAGAUGGCUGGCACGGUGACCGUCAUUGUGAUAUGGAUGCGCAUCAUCACCUACAACAACCGUCCCUUUGCCCCGUGGAUCGACUCUUGGCACAUGUGCGCGACAUCCAGCCCGAACAGGUCUCUCACCGCCAUCUAUGUGCCCAUAUUCGCAUAUGAGAUGGUCAUGUUCGGACUGGCGCUCUUCGCCGUGUUUCACAAGCUUGGUGGUAUCGGUGCUGCAGUCCAGUCGAGGACGAGGCUGCAGGCGACGGUGAAUAUGCUGUUCAAGUACAGUAUCGUUUACUUUGCGGUGUACUUCAUUGCCUGCGCAGUUGCGAUCGGGAUGUAUCUCGGAUUACCUCCGACAUACAUCGACGUCCUCAACGUGUUUCUUAUGGCCAUCUCCGUGCUCCUAGGGAGUCACAUGGUCCUAGGCGCACGAGGCUUCAGCCCCACACCUGAAGACCGUCGGCUCGGGGAAGACACCAGCAGCCGCUGUGAAUCAGCCAUUCGAGAUGACGAGUACAACCAUAGUACCUCCCACGUUCGCCCCGACAACUUCGUUCGCCUCAUUCUCGUGCUCGGCGCACGCGCUCGGAACAGUGCACUCCCCCGCAGUUUCUUAUCCCUAUCACCCGUUCAGACCCUCGCAGUUCCCCACAUCGUCGGUAUCGUGCGCUUCGGUGGCACAGUCACCCUUGCGUCAUGAUGUGGAGUGUGAACGAGUCCACUCGCCGUUUUCUUCUUCUCUAGCUACUGUGGACGAUGAGUUCUCCGAUGUUGCUUCUCCUAAUUCUGCAACACAGUUCUUGAACUAGUCUGAAUCCAUCACAUUCUUUGUAGUUUGCUGCUUACUCGGCGGUGGACCACACUCCAUGAAAUAGACAUAGCAGUGAAACAUAGCUUUUCUACACCGCUGUUGAAAACUGCGAAUCG